CUGGUUCCCGCAUCCCACUCGCAGCACGAGCGCUCAGCGUCUCGUCUCCUCCUCCCCACAAAAAGCCGCUGAAUUGCUCCGUCGGCGUCAUGUGUGGCAUCUUAGCCGUGCUCGGAUGCUCCGACUGCUCCCAGGCCAGGAGGGCUCGCAUCCUCGCCUGCUCCAGAAGGCUGAAGCACAGGGGCCCCGACUGGUCGGGCCUCUACCAGCACGAGGGCAACUUCCUGGCGCAGCAGCGGCUCGCCAUCGUCUCCCCGCUGUCCGGCGACCAGCCGCUGUUCAACGAGGACCGCACCGUCGUGGUGGUGGCCAAUGGAGAGAUCUACAACCACAAGAACGUCCGGAAGCAGUUCACCGGCGCGCACAGCUUCAGCACCGGCAGUGACUGCGAGGUCAUCAUCCCCCUGUACGAGAAGUACGGCGAGAACUUCGUGGACAUGCUGGACGGAGUCUUCGCGUUCGUGCUCUACGACACGCGAGACAGGACCUACGUGGCGGCACGCGACGCCAUCGGCGUCAACCCGCUCUACAUCGGCUGGGGCAGCGACGGUUCCGUCUGGAUGUCGUCCGAGAUGAAGGCGCUGAACGAGGACUGCGUGCGCUUCGAGAUCUUCCCGCCGGGGCACCUCUACUCCAGCGCCGCCGGCGGGUUCCGCCGGUGGUACACCCCGCACUGGUUCCAGGAGCAGGUGCCCCGGACGCCGUACCAGCCGCUCGUCCUUAGAGAGGCCUUCGAGAAGGCGGUUAUCAAGAGGCUCAUGACCGACGUCCCGUUCGGGGUCCUCCUCUCCGGCGGCCUCGACUCCUCCCUCGUCGCCUCCGUCACCAAGCGCCACCUCGUCAAGACCGACGCCGCCGGAAAGUUCGGCACAGAGCUCCACUCCUUCGUCGUCGGCCUCGAGGGCUCCCCUGACCUGAAGGCCGCACGAGAGGUCGCUGACUACCUCGGAACCACCCAUCACGAGUUCCAUUUCACCGUACAGGACGGCAUCGACGCGAUCGAGGAGGUGAUCUACCACGACGAGACGUACGACGUGACGACGAUCCGGGCCAGCACGCCCAUGUUCCUGAUGGCUCGCAAGAUCAAGUCGCUGGGCGUGAAGAUGGUGCUGUCCGGGGAGGGCUCCGACGAGCUCCUGGGCGGCUACCUCUACUUCCACUUCGCCCCCAACAGGGAGGAGCUCCACAGGGAGACCUGCCGCAAGGUGAAGGCCCUGCACCAGUACGACUGCCUGCGCGCCAACAAGGCGACGUCGGCGUGGGGCCUGGAGGUCCGCGUGCCGUUCCUCGACAAGGAGUUCGUCGACGUCGCGAUGGGCAUGGACCCCGAAUGGAAAAUGUACGACAAGAACCUGGGUCGCAUCGAGAAGUGGGUCCUGAGGAAGGCGUUCGACGACGAGGAGCACCCUUACCUGCCCGAGCAUAUUCUGUACAGGCAGAAAGAACAGUUCAGUGACGGAGUGGGCUACAACUGGAUCGAUGGACUCAAAGCCUUCACCGAACAGCAGGUUGAUGGUCGUCGUCGAAGUUAGCUAACCAGCGCUGACGUUCCCCCCCAUGUCCAGGUGACGGAUGAGAUGAUGAACAGCGCCGCCCAGAUGUUCCCGUACAACACGCCCGUCAACAAGGAGGCCUACUACUACCGGAUGAUAUUCGAGAGGCUCUUCCCUCAGGACUCGGCGAGGGAGACGGUGCCGUGGGGCCCGAGCAUCGCCUGCAGCACGCCCGCGGCCAUCGAGUGGGUGGAGCAGUGGAAGGCCUCCAACGACCCCUCCGGCCGCUUCAUCUCCUCCCACGACUCCGCCGCCACCGACCGCACCGGAGACAAGCUGGCGGUGGUCAACGGCGACGGGCACGGCGCGGCGAACGGCACGGUCAACGGCAACGACGUCGCUGUCGCCAUCGCGGUGUAACAGUAAUGAACUGGAGGAUAGGGACGAACGAACGACUGGUAGGUGUGGCGUACCUGCCGCGUGCCCACCGGCCGGCCAUAUAUAUCGAAUCCCGGCCCGGCGCGGCAGCACGUGCUAUUGUUACGUGUCACCAGCGUACGUGUCUGUGUAGUGCCUCGAUCGUAUCUGUACGUCUUUAGGAAAAGGUGUGUCCGUGUGUAUUGUAUGUGUGUGAGCAAGCGUGCGUGACGCGCUCUGCCUGUGUGACAAAGCAGAGCAGUACAAGCUCAGGCAUUUUCUGUCCGAGCGAUGAUUUGAACUGGAUCUAUCAUCUCUGAAUUGAACUCGGCCGGACGACGACCUACCGCUAAAA